UAGGGGAAGGAGGUGUGCUGCUGGCUGGCCCCCUGCUGAAGGGUUGCAGCCACUUCACGACACGAAGGCCAGCCAGCUGACAGCAACCCUCAACCCCCAGGCGCUGGAUGCGACCGAGGGAGAAGGAACUGAGGGAACUAGGAAGCCACAAGAAGCGGGUAGCAAGUAACCCUGCGAGUCUUUGUGGGGAGUUGGUUGGACAACCGGAGGCUAGCUCGGUGUGUUACGGCCGGAUCCCCGCUGUGCUGGUGGCAGGCAACCCUGCCACUGAGGGGGCCCUGGAUUGGGACCCAGUGGAGAGGGAGGGCCUGGGUCCCUCAUCCUGGCCUCUGCCCCCCCCCCCCGACUGAGGUGGCAGCCCAUCCUGACAGUGACUGACUCCGGCAGCUAGGCCACACAGCCCCGAGCCUGGGGGUGUGCAGGUGCGACAGCGGGCCUGACCUGUGACAAGGCACCUAACGCUUAGUUUGGUGCCUAUACUAAAACAUCCAAAUUUGAAAACUGGUCCCAUUGGACCCUUACGGAUGGAAAAGACUCUCUGAGGAGGAUCUUGAAGCCCUGAUAGCAGAAUUCCAGACAUUAGAUGCUAAAAAGACCCAGAUAAUUGAGACAGCCUGUCCCCCACCCUCACCAAGGCUGAACGCCUCCUUGUCUGCUCAUCCCGAGAGAGACGAAUUGAUCCUUUUUGGAGACGUUCCUGUAUAAUGAGCUGUACAUUUACAACAUCCGGAAGAACAGCUGGAGUAAAAUAGAUAUCCCAAAUCCUCCUCCCAGGCGCUGUGCACAUCAGGCUACAGUGGUGCCCCAGGGGGGUGGACAGCUAUGGGUAUUCGGUGGAGAGUUUGCUUCUCCUGACGGAGAGCAGUUUUACCACUACAAGGAUCUCUGGGUUCUGCAUUUGGCCACCAAGACUUGGGAGCACAUCAAGAUGACAGGGGGUCCCUCGGGAAGAAGUGGACACCGAAUGGUAGCCUGCAAGAGACAGUUAAUCGUCUUUGGAGGAUUCCACGAGAGUGCCAGAGAUUACGUGUAUUACAACGAUGUGUAUGCCUUCAACCUGGACACUUUCACAUGGACCAAGCUGUCUCCAUCAGGGACUGGCCCUGUUCCAAGGUCUGGCUGCCAAAUGGCUACCACUCCAGAGGGCAAUAUAAUCGUCUAUGGUGGCUACUCCAAACAGAGAAUUAAGAAAGAUGUUGACAAAGGCACCCUGCACACUGACAUGUUCCUGCUGAAGGCUGAAGGCGUGGGCAAGGAGGAAGGUGGAUUGCCACACAGUGACUACAAGUGGGUAUGGAAUCGGCUUAGCCCAUCAGGUGUGAAACCCACUCCCAGGUCUGGCUUCUCUGUGGCAAUAGGCCCCAAUAACCGGUCCCUUCUCUUCGGAGGUGUGCAUGAUGAAGAAGAGGAAGAGUGCAUUGAAGGAGACUUCUUCAGUGAUAUUUAUUUCUAUGAUAUGGGAAAGAACCGCUGGUUUCCUGGACAACUAAAGGGACCUAAAUCUGAAAAGAAGAAACGUAGGCGAGGCAAAAAGGCUGAGGCAGAGGGUGCUGGGGAUGGAGAGGCAGAGGGCCAGUAUCCUCAGGGCCCCGUGGAGAUCGUCAAAGAAGUGGUGGCAGAGGAUGGGACCGUCAUGACGAUCAAGCAGGUGGUCUCUGCCCCUGAAGUGGAGCUGGAGAGGUCCGAAUCGGAAGACGAAGAGGAGGCCGGUGAUGAAGCCUCCGGCCAGCAGGUGGAGCCAUGCCCACGUUCAAACGCUAUGCUGGCAGUGAAGCACGGGGUUCUCUACGUCUACGGGGGGAUGUUCGAGGUGGGGGACCGCCAGUUCACCCUCAACGACCUCUAUAGCAUCGACCUCCACAAGAUGGAGGAAUGGAAGGUGCUGGUGGAGAUGGAUCCAAAAACUCAAGAGUGGCUGGAAGAGUCCGACUCUGAUGAGGAGGGGGAUGAUGUGGAAGGUGCAGAGGGAGGUGAAGAGGAGGAGGAGGAGGACUCUGAUGAAGAAAGUGAAGAUGAUGAAGAAGAGGAGCGGCACCCAUCUGUUCAGCUUGAUGAGAAAUACACAGACUAUCUGCCCAGGACUGAGCAAUACUGGAUUAAACUAGCCCGCCACAAUAUGGGCCCUGAUGCAAAGGAGAAGAAGGUGGCGAAAUUGGCACACGCGAUGGCAAAGACUUUUUAUGAAGGUUCGGUCUAGAUGCGCGUGCUGCUGAGAAUGAGCAGUGUGGGUGCAAACACCUCACUGGGACAACAGCCAGUUGAACCAGCCAUCUAAACCUGAUGUACCUCUUACCUGGUAUGUAUUGUAGGUUCCAAAGGCCCCUGGCUGCGAAACACUGAUGUCUUGGGCAGUCCAAGGUUGGCGUGCCUAUCUGCUCACAGUAUAUUUCUGCCAUUAUCACCCUGUAAACGGGCCUUAGUAAACAGGAUUGCUGGCCGGGAAUGUGUUCUGCUGAGAUUGGAAUAUACAUUGUAAUUUUGUUGACAGUUGUUUAAGUUGGCUGCAGACAGACUGCUUAAUAGAAUCACAACAUCACUUGAGGUUCCUAAUGUCCUUCAUCUGGCCAGGGGCUGGAUAUGAUUUUUUCUCAGUGCUUUCGUAAUAAAGUUGUUUGGUUGAGUUA